AUGGGGGAGGGCGGAGAGACGGUGGCUCUUGUUCUUCCCCCCGCCUUGGAUCUGUCGAUGCCAUCGCAUUUAGACUCGCCGAAGGCGGCCCCGCCUCCGCGGCGGCGCAGGAAGGUGCUCCUCUGCGCCUGCUGCAGCGCCGUCCUGGUGGUGGCGGUCGCCAUCGCGGCCAUGUCCGCCUGGUUCGGCCCCACGGGCUGGAUCGGCCACGCGUACUGCCACACCGAGCAGUGCGCGCUCGUCAACGCGAUGCUGCUGGAGGCGCGCAACGAGAGCGUCAAGCCGUGCGACAACUUCUACCGACACGUGUGCGGUCGCUGGUCGCUCAACCACAGCGGCUACACGGUCUACGACUUGCACCUCAACGCGUACCUGGACAAACUGAACAAGUACCUGCUGCGGAUUGUGGUGGGCGCUCAGGCGCGGCCGACCGAGAAGAUGGCGCGCUUCUACCAGACCUGCACCACCAUCCUGGUGGAAGGCCAGGACAAACGGAGAGAGUACCACGAGGCCUUCAAUAAUGCUGGCGUGUACUGGCCCCGACUAGGGCCCAGCGACGCCGACGCCUACCUCGUUGCCGCCAAGGUCCAGGCCUCCUUCCUCAUGGCCGCGAUGCUCAGCAUUAGCAGGGUCAAGGAUUUCGGCGGCGAGGUGUACCUCGGCAUUUCGCCGGCCAGCGCCCUGCGCAUUUGGCUGCGCUACCGGCCCCUGGUCUUCCCAAACAGCUCCGACGAUAGCACUUACCGCCUCUACUACGAAAACGCGUGCCAAGCCUACGCCGAUGGAAUUGGCGGAGCCGUGGGUUUCGACACCUUCUUCGACAUCGAGCAGAAGGUGCUCAGCAAACUGCUCUUUCCCAACAGCUCUCACGGCAGCACCAACCUGACCAACCUGACCGAACUCAGUAACGUGAUGAGGCCCACGAGUGCGAAGCAGCUCAUCGAGUACCUACAUGAGACCUACAAUCUGACCGACGCGACCAGCGUCAUCGUGAAGGGACCAACGUACUUGGCGCGUUUCGGCGAACUCGUCACCGAACUGGGUGACGACAAGGUGAUCUUGUACCUCGGCUGGCUGAUCCUGCAGCUGCUGUGGCGCGCGCUGGACCGACGCACGAACACGAUGUGGCACAAGCACUUCGGCGCGAGAGUGUCCUCGCGCAUCCGGCAGCAGCAGCAGGUCGACUGCAUGGAGCUCACCGAGCAGCUGCUCGGCUGGGCGCUCUUCUUCAGCUUCACGCACGACAGCAGCGGCACGGUCACCACCCAGAUGGUGGACACGAUGGCCGAGAACAUCGGCCGGGUCUUCCAGCAGCAGCUCUCCUUCAACCAAAUUUACGCUAAAUUGUUUCCCACCGACAAGAACUUCACGGCCUAA